AUGUCAAAAUUUUAUCUUCUCUCUUGCAGGGUCCAAAUUAUCAUCAGUUGCCAUAAAUUAUCAUAAUGCAAAAUGGAGCUCUCAACGAUGGGAGGUCGUCGUCUGACCUCUCAGCAGCUACAGCAACUCCAACAGUCCCAGCAGCAGCAGCAGUCAGACCAGCAAUUCCAGCCGUACCAGCAUCCGCUUCAUCCCGCCCAGGCAAUGCUCUUCCAGCACCAGCAACAUACGGCCGCUCAACAAAUGGCACCUCCACCAUCGAUGGGAAUCGGCGGACUGCACCGUUCCGCACCCCGGUUUCAUGCCUCGCGACACCGGAAGGACUCGUUGGGGAAGAGUGUUAGCAAGUACAUGUACCCGCCAGGGUCGCCCUCGAUGGGGUUCAAUGAGAAUAUCUACCAUCCGCAGACGACGGCCGCGGUAACCAUGACGACCAACAACGGCAGCAGCCUGAACAGUAGUUUGGCCAACAGCAAGCACAAUCGCUACCCGGAACCGGAUCCGGACGUAAUCGAGGUCUACCUGGAGGACGACCCCAUCAAGUUGAAGGAAGCGGUGCGCGAUGGAAAAGAAAUAAAAUGGCGCAACAACAUCGUGGCGACCAUGGAGCGGUACGAACCAGCUCCAAUAUCGGCCGCCACCCUACCGUCCUCCUACUUGCACCAUCACCAGUCCAGUAACGACAGUAGCAUCAACCCGGAAUACUCGUACGCGUACUGCGAACCGAUGCUCCUCAAACAGCAAGCCCUCCAGCAACAACAGCAACAGCAGCAGUCACAACAAGCCGGAGGCGGUCAGCUACAUCCAAACAAUAUACCCCAGAUACACAAAAUCUCCUCGUCAGUGUCGAGCAAUGCGCUCUCCAAGUUGCCAUCCACCAAUUCUCUACGUGCCUUAUUGAGUAAAAGCUUCCGGAAGAGUUCGAUAACAUCUAAUUCGCCCGGGGCGUCCGGUGGAGGCCCCGGCGCCAUAGGCAAUGCCGCAGCUACUCAAGAGAAGCAUACGUUUACCACGCGUUACGGCACGAAGGAGAACAUCUAUGAGGAUGUCGGUGCUGGAAGUACUCUGGGGACGCCCAAGCCUGGAGCGAACAUAAACUCUUCCUCGAUGCAAAGCUUUGAAUCGAUAAGCAAAUUCAAUAUUCACGAUGAACUGAGGCACGUGCAGAGUCAGCACGACAGAAUAAUAGGGGAGCUGAAUCUUUCAGUGGAGACGUUGAUCAUGCCGUCGAAGGACGAACAGGAUGCCAUUGAGGAACGAUUGAAUGAAAUCCAUUGCGCACAGUACCAUGAUGAGCUGUCCCAGGACGAUUGCAUAGCAGCAGGUUCGUCCAAUUCAGCUAUGAUCCACAUGCAAGAACGGCUUUCGCCGACCACUUCGCAGCCAAACAGUGGCGACGUAGAUAGUGGUAUAAGCGGCAGUAGUAGUAGUGGUGCUAGUUAUUCCAGUAGCAUGCUGUAUCGGACUACUACCAUGUAUACGAACAACAGCAAGACGGUCACAAUCAACGACAACGCAGAGGGUAGUGGUUCAGGCAUGUCGAUGAUGGCCGGUAGUAGCUCGAUAAGAAGCAGCUGUGGGAGCAAUAGCGGCUGCGGUUCAGGCCCAGUUGGCGGCUAUUCGGCCUGUGGGAGUGCUAGUUGUAGUAAAAUGGCUUCUAACGUUGUGAUACCUAAUGCAAAUAAGCUAACUUGUUGUUUCUAUUCUGAUAAGCUAAAUAAACAUAGUAAAUCCAAUUCCGAUCACUUAGACGCGCUUGGCGACAAGUCCAGCUUUUGGAAUAAAUUGGGGAAAUUGAAAAUUUCCGGAGUAUUCGGUGGUGCCAACAGUAGCAACAGCAGCAAUAGCAGCUCCAGCAGUAGUAGUACAAAUGGCCAACAUUUCCAUCCGCCGCAUCAUCACCACCAUCCGCAUCUACACCAUCAUCACAGUCACGGUAUGCUCAGCCAUCCCCAUCAACUGUCUGGCCUUAACCAUUCAGCUCCGACGACCACCACCAAUACGGCCACGAUGGCACGAAGCAACGAUGCCGAUCCACAUCUGCAUCUUCAUCACCAUCAUCACCACCACCACCAUCGUCUUCCGUCACCGCCAGUCACUACUACGAUCGAACCUUGGUGGCAGACUCCUCCGUCGGAUCCCGGCUGCAUAGAUAUCUCCGUUUGCGGUGGAGGUGACUACCAGAUGCCUUGUGAACUCAUGGUUCCACCACCGCAACCGCCACUGUCGCUACUGUCGAUCGUCAGCGGUGCCAGUGUUCGUCCACCACUGCCGCAACCGCCACUACAAACACAGAUCGAACUCGAAGAGGACGAAGAGGAACAGCGACCGGAACCGGAAGCUCCAGCGACGUCCAACUAGUGCUGCUGCAGCCAAAGGCGCCCGUUCGCUGAUUGUGAUGCAAGUUCUUAACUAAUGACCGUACUACGCGAGUGUAAAUAAAAAGAGGGCAUAACACAUGCUCACAUGUUUUUAGUGCAUAGUUAAAAUUAUAACUGUCAUUUUAACACAAAUCGAUCGAUAUUGUAAACAAUGAUCUGUAUAUUUUAGAACACCGUAACACUGUAAAGAAAAAAAUAAACAAAAAAUAGGCGAACCAAUUCGACGAGAAAAACAAAAAAUAGUAGAUUCUAGUGUGAAUAGUUAGUGCUAUAUAACGAAAAUAUUUAAAGUCGAUAACACUUUUGCGGUCCAUGGUGGCCCACACCCCAACGGACCAUUGUUUCGUGGCAGAUAAUUUUGUUUGUUUUUCGUUUCCUUGGUAUAUAUAAACGUGGAUAAAUCUGAACCAGAUAUUUGUAUAAUCGAGCAAAUUCAAAAUUGUUAAACAUUCACAUUGGUUUAUUUUGGUUGAAUUUACAUUUGGAUCGCUUCGGUAUCGGGAGAAAUGAAAGCUGAAGAUUCAUUUCUGAUUCAUUUGGCAAUACGUACAUCUACAUGGAGAAGCAAGCGAAAAGAAACGAGAGUAAGGAAAUGCCAAAGAAUACAUUUAUUGAGGUAAUAUUAAUAUAUUUUUAUACUUAAUGUUAUUUAAAAUAAAUAUUUAGAAAGGAAAAAUUCAUUCAAAAUGAUAA